CUUGACUCUCAGACUCUGACACAAGCCAGAUGGCUGCGAUUGGUAGGCGCACAGGCUCCCUGGUACUACAGUUGAUGAAACAGAAUAGGAAGACGUUUUAUGAUCAGCUGCGGGAGCACAAUAAGACUGCAGCUUUGCUAGCUCUUGCCCCUGUUCUUUGCCUCUGUUGGUGAGGUCAUUACAGUGAUGUCUGCAUUCAACUUACUGCAUUUGGUGACCAAGAGCCAGCCAGUGGCCCUGCGAGCCUGUGGGCUUCCCUCAGGGUCAUGUAGGGAUAAAAAAAGCUGUAAGGUGGUCUUCUCUCAACAGGAUUUGAAGAAGCGGCUGACACCCUUGCAGUACCAUGUUACUCAGGAAAAAGGGACUGAAAGUGCCUUUGAUGGAGAAUACACAUAUCACAAAGCUCAUGGAGUAUACAAAUGUGUGGUUUGCGGAACUCCUUUGUUCAAAUCAGAGACAAAGUUUGACUCCAGUUCAGGCUGGCCUUCAUUCUGGGAUGUGAUUGCUUCUGACACAAUUACAUUCACUGAUGACUACUCCUUUGGGAUGCACAGAGUUGAGACAAGCUGCACUCAGUGUGGUGCUCAUCUUGGUCAUGUAUUUGAUGAUGGGCCUCGUCCAACUGGUAAACGAUAUUGCAUAAACUCAGCUUCGUUGUCUUUUGAGUCUGCAGACACGACCCAGCCCGGAGAGGGAAACAUUAGUUCUACUUCUGUCCAAACAGAUAAGACUGAGCUGUAGAAGGUAUUGCUCAGAAAGCUCAUGUUACUAGAUGAAGAAUAUUAUCCUAAAUCACCUUCUUUCCUAUUUUUUUUUUAAAAAACUUGUAAAGGUAUUCUGAACUAUCAACAUAUUUUCCUAUAUGAAAAUGGGGGCCUUGCGUGCCAAUGUACUUUUAUUAUAUGAUUGCAUCUAAAUAAUUAUGAAUUCAUGAUCUUUGGAAGAAUCCCACAACAAAAGAGACUUGGGCAUCAUGGAUUGUUGCCUGC